AUGAAUGCCAAUCUUCAGCGACUUUUUUUCUUCUUCUUCCUUAUUCAUUUGUGUCUAAGCUGUAUGGUUCCCCCAUGUCCUUGGAGGCCAUACCGUCGCCACAGAUUGACAAAGAAAGAGAUUAUGAAUAAUCAGCUGACCGAGUUACCGGGAUCUAUUGAACCCGUCGAAUAUGAGUGCUCUGGGGAAAAUGAACUUUCAUGCGGUGAGAAUUGCUGUGACACUCGACUCCAAGUUUGCCUUUAUGGCCGUUGCCUCAAUCGGAAUCGGCUUCGAUUUUUGAAGUUC